AUGCUGUCAACGCAUUUCGUGAAGACCACUCGGGCAUUACCUGUUCAUCGCCAGCGAGUCUCUAGAUGCACUUAUUCUACAAAACCUCCGACCAGUGAGCUUCCUCAACCUCGCCUGGAUUAUCGCAGCAUUUCCGAAAACGUGACUUCCAAAUCACUGAAUGCUUUGAACCGGAAAGCUGCUAUUCCCAAUGAUGCCGUAUCUUCUGUCGCAAGGGCCUACAGUGAACUGAAGCGGAUAUCGAGUGAGCUGAACAGUAAACGGAACGCACGUUCGGCUGUAGGAGAACGAGUGAGGCGCAGCUCCGAUAGUGCUGAGAAGGAGGCUGCGUUGAAUGAGGCCGCAAAUCUCAAGAAAGAGGUGAAGGACCUGGAGGCGGCGCUCGAGACGGUAGAGCAAGAAUGUCUACUCUCCGCCCUUUCACUUCCAAACGACACACAUCCCAGUGUUCCUCUGGGCCCAGAAUCUGCCGCGACCGUCCUUUCGACUCAUGGGCCCCCUGUCUUGCCCUCCAAUCCGAAAAGGGAUCAUGUAACUGUCUGUGACCAUUUUGGGCUCCUUGAUCUUAAGAGUGCCUCAGUGGUUUCAGGAACUUCGUGGUACUAUCUUCGUCAUGAAGCUGCCCUUCUGGAGCUUGCCCUGACAAAUUAUGCUAUGAGCAUUGCUGUGCAACAUGGUUUUACCCCUAUGAUGACUCCGGAUGUUGUCCGUUCUGAUAUCGCCGUUAGAUGCGGAUUUCAGCCAAGAGAUGACUCCAACCCUCCAGUAUCUCACAUGUACCACAUAUCACCCACCAAUCCCUCGUCUCCGGAACUUGUUUUAGCUGGAACUUCCGAAAUUCCGUUGGCAGGCACAUUUGCCAACAAAGUCUACUCUUCACUGAGUCUACCUCUUAAAAUUGUAGGCCUUGGCCACGCCUUCCGUUCAGAGGCCGGUGCUCGAUCGGCUGACACUCGUGGCUUAUAUCGCGUACAUCAAUUUACUAAAGUUGAACUGUUCUCCGUCACAACAGAUGAUGCCAGUGAAAACAUGAUGGAAGAGAUGUUGUCCAUACAAAAGCAAAUACUCCAAGGGCUCAAUUUAUCUUUCAAGGUUCUUGACAUGCCUACAGAAGAAUUAGGUGCUAGCGCAUAUCGGAAAUAUGAUAUUGAAGCGUGGAUGCCUGGACGCGGUUCAUGGGGAGAAGUAUCAUCAUUGUCAAAUUGCACCGAUUAUCAAUCUCGCCGACUACACAUUCGCUAUCGCCCUCAAGGAGGCGUUACUGACACGCCAUUACCGCGCCUUCCUUUUGCGCAUACAUUAAAUGGCACUGCGGCGGCGAUACCCCGAUUAAUUGUUGCUCUCAUUGAAAACGGCGUGCAAUUCAACGACAAAGAAGAGAUUACAGGAAUACGACUUCCUCACGCGCUUAGGCCGUUCUGGAUCAAGAGUGGGGUGAGAGAUAUCAUACGAUGGGACGACACUGAUUAA